AUGGAAACCCAAACUCAACCACACACCACAGCGCAGCCCACCCCCGUCAGGCACAGCUUGGCGCGGGCAGUGGCGCGGGCGGUUAAGCGGCGGGCACAAGCACAGGGAGCAGGAGUAAAUGUAUAUGAAGAUGAGGAUUAUCUUUUGGCUUUAAUUUUAAAAGAAGGUGCAAUGGAUGAAUCACAAUGCAAAGGAAAACUAAAAAAAUAUUGUGAAAACUUAAAAGAAGCAGAUAAAAAGUUAAAUAAAAUCUAUUCAAAACUAAAAGAUAUCUGCAAGGAUGAAGACAGGGAUAAAAAGUGUACAGGAUUGAAAAAUAAAAUUACAGGAAAAUGCACACCACUUAAAACAACUUUGGAUACGAUAGUGAAAAACCCAUUGCCAUCAGAUGAUGAAUGCAGAAAGAAUGAACAACAAUGCUUGUUUUUGGAAGGAGCGUGUUCUAGUGUUCUUACAGAAGAUUGCAAUACUUUAAGAAAUAAGUGUUAUCAAAAAAAGCGUGAGGAAGUGGCAGAAAACGCUCUUUUAAGAGCGCUUAAAGGAAGUCUUGAAGAUGAAGAUAAGUGUAAAGAGAAAAUUAAAGAUAUUUGUCCUAUGUUGGGUCAAGAAAAUAACGAGUUGAUGCAAAAGUGUUUAAAUCCAGAAUACACAUGUCAAAAUCUACUACAAGUAAUAAAAAAAAAGUGUAAAUCUUUAAAAACAGAGGUAGAAAAAGUACUAACUAGCAGUAAAAUACAGAAGGAAGGACAUUCUUUGCUUAAAGAAUGCUACUUUUAUGGACCAAGUUGUAAAGAUGAUAAACCAAAGUGUGAUGAUUUGCAAAAGAAAUGCAAAGAAAAAGAAAUUGUUUAUACACCACCAGACUCUAAUUUUGAUCCUACAAGACCAGAGGCUACGCUGGCAGAAAAAAUAGGUUUAGAGGAACUUUAUAAGGAAGCGGCAGCACAAGGAGUUGUAAUUCAAAGAUCACCAGAAAGAGAUAUUCUUGAUCUAUUGGUGUUUUUAUCAGGAAAGAAUUUUGAUAAAGAUAAAUGCGAGAAUGUGCUCACUACUAAAUGUAGUUCUAUUGAAUAUUUGGCAGAAAAUAUAAAAAAUUUAUGUGGAAAUAAAACUAUUCAUAAAGAUAAAUGUGAAGAAUUUAAAGAAGAAUUUGAUAAAGAAAAAACUAGUCUAACUAGAAAACUUGAAAACAAACUAUUUGAAAAUAAAAUUACAUUAUGGGGCGAAUUACCAAAACUCCUUACUAAAAAUGACUGCACAAGAUUACAGUCAGAUUGUUUUUAUUUUGAAAGCCAAACGGAUUUUGAAAAAAUAUGUAAGAAUGUUAAGGCAGCAUGUUAUAAAAGAGGCCUUGAUGCACUAGCAAAUCAAGCAUUACAAGACAAAAUGAGAGGGAAAUUUCAUGAUACAAAUGAUACACAACUUAAUGUUCAAAAGGAGCUGGUAAAGGUAUGUGCGAGUCUGCAAGAAAAAAAUGACCAGUUAUUUGUCUUGUGUAUACAACCAAAAGACGGGGCCAUUACAUUAUUAGAUGAUUUGGAUAUGAAGACAAGCUUGUUGCAGGAAGAUUUGAAUGAAAAACGAGAUUUUCCUACGAAGCAGGAUUGCAAAGAAUUGCGAAAGAAAUGCGACGAUCUAAAACAAGAUUUUGAAGAACUUGAAUGGCCUUGUCAUACGCUAGAGCAUCAUUGCAAUAGACUAAAUAUUGCAGAAGAAUUGGAAGAGAGGUUCUUGGAAGGAAAGGUGAAGGAUUUGGAUAAGUUCGAUUCAUGUUUAAAAAAUUUGGGAGAACAAUGUCAUGAAUGGAGCAGAAGAGGAAGAACGCAGUUUGCAUUCGCAUGUGUAGCACAGAAUAUUACUUGCAAGAUUCUUACAGAAAGCGUAGGGUCUAAGUGUACUACCUUGGGAGUGCGCGUUGAAGCAAGUAAUGUUGUAGAAACAGCAAAAAAAAAAAAAAAAAUGGAGGAAACAUGCGAUUCUUGGGUACCCUAUUGCAGCAAGUUUAUGUCAAGUUGCCAGAAUCUAACUGUUGGUGGUGGAAAAUGUAAGGAACUUAAUGAAGUGUGUAAAUCAUUCAUCAAAAAGAGGGAUUUGGAAGAAAUACUGGUCUAUGAAUUAAAGGGUAGUUUGAAAACAGAGCAAGAAUGUAAAAGUACUCUUGACAAAUACUGCACACAAUGGGAGAAUGCAACCAAUCAGCUUAGCACGUUGUGCACAAGCAAGAAAAAAAAUGGCAAGCAAAAUGAAGAUGUCAAGAAAGAACUUUGCGAAAAAUUAGUAAAACAUGUAAAAAAACAAUGCCCUGUAUUACAAGUAAAGCUCACAAAGGCAAGUGAGGAACUAUCUAAAAGAAAAGAAGAUUACGAGAAGCUUAAAACUGAAGCAGUGAAAGCAAUGGAUGAAGCAAAUCUCGUUUUAUCAAAAGCAAAAGCAACAGAUGAUAAAUCUGCAGGCAAAACAGCACCACCAGUACCAGCAGCACCAUCAGGAUCAGCGCCAUCAGGAUCAGCACCAGCAGCACCGAAUACAACACAAAACACAGUAUUAUUUAAACUUGUAAGAAGAAAUAUAAACGCACCGGUGACAGAAAAAACAUAUGUUACAGAAAAGGAGUUAAAAGCAUUUGAUUUAGUAUCUCAAGCAUUUAGCUUGUAUGUAGAGUUAAAAGAAUUAUGUCAUGAUUCAGAGAAGGGAUGUGGAUUUAAGGAGGAAUGUGAAGACAUUAAGAAAGCAUGCACCGAAAUCAAAAAAGCAUGUGAUGGAUUGAAACCACUGGAAGUAAAACCAUACGAAGCAACAACUAAAAAUGUAACAACAACAACCACAACGACAACGACAACAACAACAACCGUUACAGAUCCAAAAGCAGCAGAAUGUAAGUCUCUGCAGACGACAGACACGUGGGUCACAAAGACGUCGACCCAUACUAGCACUUCUACGACUACUUCCACAGUCACAUCGAGAAUAACACUCACCUCAACGAGGCGGUGUAAGCCUACGAAGUGUACGACAGGAGAGGAAGAUGAUGCAGGAGAGGUGAAGCCGAGUGAAGGGCUGAGGAUGAGUGGGUGGAGUGUGAUGAGGGGGGUGUUAUUAGCAAUGAUGAUUUCAUUCAUGAUUUAG